GGAACGCACUCUGUCAUAUGGAAUAGUGAAAAUUGGUUCCUUUUUGCCUGUGUGCUGCCACUCGACUCGGCCAUUAACAUUCACAGUCGUUUCGCCUUAUAAGGCGCCUCGUCAGCAUCCUGCGUUUAGUUGGGUUGGGGAACUGUGAUAGGCCUAGAGGUCCAGUUUCACUAUGUUGCGAUAGGUUAGUUGUACUAAAGGUCAGGAAAGCCUAAUGGGGAAUGUUCACAGCUGCACCUCGAAGGGAGCUCUGCUCCUUGUUGCGGCCGCAAAUGGGGACCUGGUUACAGCACAAGAGCUAUUGUCGAAGCACCCGAAGGCGGCAUCUUACUACAACUUUAAGGACAGGAGCUCUCCGCUCUUGCAAGCGUCAGCUCGAGGUCAUUUCGAGCUGGUGCAGCUCAUCCUUGAGACGGCCGUCAUGACAGAGGGCCCCGAGCGUGCUAAAAAGAAUUGCAUUGAUCAUGCAAAUUCAAAGCGCCAAACUGCGUUGAUGGUGGCGUGCAAGCACGGGCACCCGGACUGCGUCGAAUAUUUAGUCACAAAUGGUGGUGACCCUUUGCUGACGGACGAGCGCCGUCACAACACAUGCUUGCAUUUUGCAGCAUUGUAUGGUCAUAGCGAGUGCGUGCAUAAGCUGCUUGGGAGCCGGGCGGCGUAUCGUGUCCAGGGAAGGCAGGUCCCAGUCGCGCAGAUACCCUGCAAUGACGAUGGCGUGACGAUUAAGUUCAUUGACCGGCACAACGGCUGGGGCCUAAGCGCACUACACAUUGCUGUCUUCCAGGGCAGUGUCAGCACAGUGCGUGCACUGUUGCGGCACGGUGCCGACGUGGAGUCGGUCAUCUGCGCCUCCAAGGUGGAGAACAGCCCCAUCCGCUGCGCAGUGGGCUCCAACGCGCUGCACAUUGCGGCACUCACGGGCAACAUCCAGAUGGCCAAGCUCAUACUGGAGACGCAGGAGAGCUACCCCGGUCUGGAGCUGCGCAGCCGCACCAAUGCGGCGGGCCUCAAGCCGCACGACUACGCGCAGUCCGCUCGCAACCCCGUGCUGAUGCACCUGCUGGACGAGCGGCUGCCGGUGACGCUGCUGCGGCAGAUCUGGAUGAACCACUCCACGGAGCAGAGCCUGCCGCCCAGACACCAGACGCUGGGCUCCAUGCUUCAGAAGCUCAAGCUAAUGUUCAAUCUGGAGUUGAUCGCCAUUCAGCGCAACGUCACCCACCUGCACGCGCAACAGGACGCAGCAGCGGCAGCAGCAGCGGAUGCUCAGCAGCAGCAGCAGCAGCAGCAACAGCAGCAACGGCACGGCAACCAGGCAGCUGCGUUGCAGAGUCCGCAGCACUGCCCAGACCACCAGCACCAGCAGCAGCGCAGCAUCGGUGGAGCUCCUGCCUCCCCGCACUCCCCCGCCGCGCCAGCAACACCUCCCCCCACCGCAUCGUUCCCCUUGGAGGCCACAUCUCUGUCCCAUCCGCUGCCUCGUGCCGCGCUGCUGCCGGCGGCUGCUCCCCUGCCGCCGCUGCAAGUCUCCUUGGCAACGGGCGGCGGCGUCAGCGGCGGCGGCGGCGGCCAGCAUAACAACCCCAACCCCAGCCUCCAGGCGCAGCAGCAGCUCCAUCUUGGCGUUACCUCGGGCGCCACAACGGGCGGUACGACCACAACGGCAGCAGCAGCAGCAGGGGGUGCGGGUGUGUUGGGGUCCCUGGCGGGAGUGGGCAUGGGCGGGAUGGGGGGUCGACACCACCAUCAGCAACACCAUCAUCACAGUCACCGCGGAGGUGGAGGUGUGGAGCCGGCCAAUGCGCGGGUGCUGUGGGCGCGGAGGCAGGACGAGAUUGCGCAGCUGCUGGCCACUGUGACGCAGCUGCAUGAGAACCUGAAGCAGCUCUGUCGGCGGGAUGAGCCGGCGAGUGGGGAGGCGGGCGAGGCUGCCGGCGGGCUGAGUCGCGCCGACCGCGCCGCCACCUACGAGGCAGUUCUGGACUUCAUCCUGUCCACCCUUAUUAACCCGCGCACUGUGAGCGCCAUCCUGCACGCGGCAAAGAAGCUCGUGUCAGCGUCCGUGACGGGCACAGCGGCGCUGACGGCGGGGGGCGCGCCGCUUGAACUUCCGCCCGGCGAUUCGGAUUCGCAGCACGGGCUCGCGCUGUUGAGCACUGCGCUGAGGGCAGUGGAGACGUGCCUGCAGGCGGCCGUUAAUUUGACAGGUUCCCAGACGCCCGAGCCAUCGCAGUCUCAGCUGCAGCUCGAGCCGCCACCCGCCUCCCCCGCCGGAGGGGAUGUGGGUGUGCUGCGAGCAGCUGCCCUUGCCGCCGUCGUUGCCGACCCCGCCACCACCCUCCCAGGCGGCGAGGGGGCCACCACCCCCACCCACGCCACCUCCCUCACCCCCACCGCCGCCGCAGCAACAGCUCCUGCCUCUCCCGAGUCAGCCAUGGAGCCCAGUAGCUCCCUUGUGUCGGGUCCAACCACCACGGAACCGCAUGUGGCAGCGCUGUCUCGAGGCGCGGGCAGCGGUGUCGGGUCCGCAGUCCUCGUGUCGGAUCAGAUCCUUUUAGAGGUCCCCGCGGCGGGACAGCAGCCAGGUGCCGCGCCCGCGCCGACCGCAGCCAUGGGCUCCGUUCUGGCACCCAGCCACAUACCGCAGGCGCCCCCGCGCGCAACCCCCGGGUUGGCAAUCGGUGCCCUGCCGCUGGGCAAUGCGGGGUUGCUGCUGGCGCAGUCUGCGGCCAUGCGUGGUCUGGCGGACGGGGGAGGGAACGGACCUACGCCGCCCGCGUUUGCAACGCACUGGUCUUCCCAGCUGAACACCCUGAUUGCGCAGCUGCAGUGGGACAUUGGCGUGCAGCGGCACCGGAGGCGGCGGGCGCAUGCGGCGGCAGCGGCGCGCAGCGCAGCCGCGGCUGCUGUGGCGGCGGCAGCUAGCGCAACCGUCAAUCCCACGCAUGGGGUGGAGAACGCGCAGGGUGGGGCGGUCGACACUGCGGCGACCGCUACGGCCUCUAUGUUUGCGGGUCACCAGAUGUUUCCGAGCGUUGGCCCCCAAGGUGGGAUGUCCCAUUUGCCUGCGGUGCGCGCAGGGCCGGGCAUGCUCGUUGGCGGGAACGCAAAUGCUGCUGCUGCUGCUGCCGGGGGUGAUGCUGCUACCGCUGCGGCUAAUGCUGCGGGUGCCGAAGUGGCUGCCUCGGCGCUGUCACCGGUUGCCGUACACCUCCUGCGUGCCCUGGGCUCCCGGCGCGGCGAUGCGGUGCAAGACGUGGUAACGUCCAACACGAGUGGGGCGUUGCCAGCUCUGCCGCCCCUUUCGCAUUCCCGCAGCGAUUCAGGCGUGUCAACACCGGUCGCCGGUGGUGGUGGUGGUGGUGGUGGUGCAGCCCUCAGCCCUGCCGCAGCUGCUGCGCCGGCAGCAGCAGCGUCUACUACCACGGCGACGUCUCCCACCGCUACUGAGCUUCCGGCAGCAGCAGCAGCCGCCACAGGGGCGGGGGCGGUGUUGGGUGGCAGAGGUGGCGGAGCUGAAGCAGCAUCGGGUACGGCUGCAUGGAUGGAGGCUGCAGGGCCGACUGAGGACGGAGCCCAGCAUCUCAUGCAGUCCAACGAGAUUAUUCCUUUGCCGUCGGGUCGCCUGGCAGCGUCAACGGCACCCGCGCAUGCUACUGCUGCAGCGGACGGUAGCAGACAUGGAGCGGGCGGGGCACUGACAAGCAACACCCCCAGCGGCGGGGAAACCGCCACCGCAGUACGACCCGUCCCUGCCGCUGCCGCCCCUGGCGGGCCCCCAACUGCCGGGGACAAGCGCAACGGCGGCGCUGCCGACAGGAAAGACCGCGGCAAGGAAGGCCGUGACGGCACCGCUGGCGGAGCCGGCGGCGGCGGUGACGGCGGGCUUGAGGGUCAGGACGACUCGCCUGCCGCCAGCGAGAGCGGGUCCGACUGGUCUGAUGACGACCGCAACGUGUGUUCGAUCUGCAUGGACCUGCCGGUUGCAGUGCUGGUGGCGGGGUGCCAGCAUGGGCUGUGCGUUCAGUGUGCCUUCCAGCUGUGCGUGAAGGGACGUGAGCUGCCGUCAUGCCCUUUUUGCCGGCAGAAGAUUGGCGGCUUUGAGGCGAAGGAGGUGGGGACACCGGGGUCGGGUGUGGGAACGGGGGCGGCAACGGCGGGAGCGACGGCCAAUGUAACGGCGCAUGGGAGCAGUCGGCGCAUGGGGUAAGAAGAAGCGGUGCGGAGCCGUUUGCCGGGGAUCAGGGAGGCGUUUUGUUGCCGACUAGUGAUGGGGGCCGCUGUGACGCUGUGGUCCGGAAAGGGGUGCCGGUUCCCACUAGCGUGAUGCAGGCCUCCCUGCCGACAUCUGCAUAGGUGCAUGUGAUGUGAGGAGGACGGAGAAGCGGGUUGCAUAGCUGGUUUGCUGCACACCGGGAGGUGGGGUGGAGUUCUGUGGGUGGGGGGUUUUGAAUUGCAGAAGACUGAUGAGAUCAAGUGGUUCAAUGGCUAGCUAAGUGCCAAUGUAAGCGUAUAGGGUGCGAUAAGGGAUAUAGUCGAGCUUUGUUUCAUUAUGAUAAGUCAUGCUGAGGUCACAAAGGUCGUUGGUCGGCCAAAGCUAGUGGCGUUGGGACUGUUCAUGGUAUCCUCUACGUCGUCGCGAAGGGCAAAAAUAAUCACACAGUGCGUGUGCUGACUGCCUGUCGUGGCGUCAUCGGAGUCAUUGUACGGGGGCUGGUCAGCCGUGGCGGGCAUUUGGAAGGAGUUGCGGAUGAUACUGUGUGCUGAUAAAGCGUAGAGCCAUGUUCCAUGCAACCAAUGCCACACCGCGUGAGUGCCACACCGCGUGAGUGGGCGUCGGAGCGAUGUACCACCUAUUCCGUCGCUUCUAAAAUGCAAGGCGCUAUUCACAUUCAUUUGGUUUCAAGGAGGGGUAACGGCGGUGGACUGAGAGCGUCAAGAGGGGACUUGUGUGUGUCAAUGUUGAAAACAUCGGCGCGGAUGCGAGGAGGUGAUGUGUACGCGACCGUUAUCCCUAGGUAGUUAUGUGUGUCCCCUGUUGCUCUCUGUUUGCGGGCGUGCUGUGGGCUGUGUAUUGCAGCUCCGCGGGUGUGAGACUCGGGGGGUGUCAAGAAGGUUACCCAAAGAGGGGUUAUAGCUUUUAGGGCGGGCGGCCCAGGACCAUGUGGCUUCAUGGUUGGCCGAACACACAGCCAUUGUUGUGGAUUGGGGCCCCGUUCGUCGGUCCGUGUGUCUGGGCCGGCGGGCAGCUGAGGGACGAAUGGGGUUCAGGGCGGUGGCUUUUUCAUGGCUGGUGACAGGCUGGUAAUGGGAUGGGAUAAAGUUGCGGCGUAAUAGGUGCGUCUGACGUUGCUGGUGGUGGCGUUGGUUGUUCCCUUGGUUGGUCGGGUGGCGUUGGUUGGUGGGCAGUGGGUGCCGCAUGGGUCCCCUCAUAGCUGCUGGAAGAUACAGGAUAGUACGGUUAAUAGGGUUUGGUUUGUUCCUGGUGGUGGUGGGGCAGCAGCAGGUCGGGCGGGUGCUGUUGACUUGUUGACUCUUCUUUUACCUCAUGAUCGCUAGUUAGUUCAUUGUUAUGGCAUAGAAUGGAUGCCUGUGCAGCAUGCGCUGCUGAAUGCUAUCGGUGCAGGUUUCGAGGCAUAGCUGGCUGUAUUGCCCGUGGUUGGGUUAAUUGCUUCUUGAGCAUCCAGAGUUGCAUGGGCUCGUCACUUUGGUGUUGUGGUGGUUUGAAGACUAUGUUGAAAGCUCUAUGUUAGGAAGUUGUAUGGGGGGGUGGGCGUUGACUAAUAGUAGCAGCAAUCACACGCGGCAGGCGCGUGUUUCCUUCGUUAUCGGCCGUUGGAUUUAUCAUUGUCCCUGGUUUCCACAUCUGCUAUUGCCAUGCUUUUGGAUCGUGCGAUGUUUCGCCGCUGUGUGAUUCGGUGUGUUCGCGGUUUCACGGCCUUCAAUACAACUCAUCGACAUUUGCGCGUAUAUGCGUAUACCGUACGGCAUAUGGUUGGAGCGUUACGACAUCGCAACAACGUCGCCACCAACCGCGUGCAGUUAAGGGUUAAGGCAGGGGUUGCGCUACGCUUUUCACCAGUUGCACCAUAAUUAACCUGGUGUGGUUUGUUUGGUAACGGCAACACAUGUUUGGUCACCAUUCAUCCAUGGAUGCAUGUGCGCAUGUUUGGUUUCACUGGGUCGCUGUACAUUACUGUAACCUGUACUGCUCUGAUGAUUCCUUUUUUUCGCGCGGAUGUGUUGUGACGUUGGCGCGGCGUCCCCGCAUCAGGCAUUGCCAUGUAAAUGGAGUGGGGGG